AACAUAAUGGUGGACCUGGCCGUCUCCAGGAACCCUUUUUCAUAGAGUCACUGGCCGGGAUAGGGGUGGCUCCCCGACAAGCGGCUUCUCCGCUUCCCGGCCCUUAACUAGGGUUUUACUUAACCGGGGAUAGUACCCCCACCGCGGUGGGGGUCCCAUGAUGGGCGAACCGGAGUAAAUCAUAUCUGCCAUAAUGAAGAAAACACACACAAAAAACCAUGCGGAGAACAAAGACGGUGAAGCGGGCAACUCCAAGGGGACAAAGGGAGGUGGGUCGGCAGAGCCCCAAGGAGUGACCCGACGCGAGGGAGUCAGCGUGCUGGCUACGAGAACGCGGAACAAACCAGGCCCGCGGUCCUCUAAGAAGUUCCAAGAACUUCCGUCUCUGGACUCAGAGUGGUCCGAUACGGAGGUGGAGGAUAGGGAGGGCGAAGUCCCCUACACAGACAGCGACAGCGACGAGUCAUCGACCUCUUCUGUGGACCAGAUAACGGGAAAAAGGAAGAGGAGAGGGAGGCCCUCAACGACGGGUGAGGGAUAUAAAAGGAAGAAGAAGGAGCAGGUCAAAAGGGAGAUCCGGCUGCUCAAAGCCGAGAAAAAGGCACUGGAGGAGGUGGCAAACCCGAAGGUGGCCCCAAGAAGUGCGACGCCUGAGAAGGAGACCAUUCGUCGCAUGGAGUCCCUCAGCCAGGAGGAGAUGGCGGCAGAAAUGUUGGAAAACAUAAAUGUCGUCGUCAAGGUCGCCGAAAGGUCGAAGAACCUAAAACGCACAUACGUUAAGGACCUGAAGGCGUCUUCCGCGACACUACGAGCGGCGGCAACGGUGGUGGCCACAAAGCCAGCAGGCCCCAACAGCGCGGCGUCGGAGGAGAUCGAGAGGUGGAAGGAGAGGGUCAGGAGCCUGGAGGACCAGGUGGAGAAACUCACGACCCUCCUCCAAGAGGAGAGAGCCGCAAGGAUUGCGGCGGAGAAGAAGGCGGAGAGGGAAACGGCCACGGUCGAGGAGGUGACCAUGGCCGAGGAAAUGCCCGAAAUGCCGGAAGCAGCGCGGGAGACACGUGACAUGCGGCAGGGGGCAAGCCUUUCUUCCCAGGCCAGGGCCCGAGCGCAAGACCAAGGGAUGCCAGCAAAGCCGGCGAAGCAAAGAAAGCCCAAGGCCCAGGGCCGGAUACAGGAGGCCGCUAAGAGGGAAAGGCUGGUGACAGCGGAGAGGUCCGAAGGUACUGUCCAUCGACCAAUGUUGAGGGGACAGCGCAAAGUGCUGGAGGAUCCGCCUGAAGAAGACGCCAUGGAGGGCAUCAGGCGAGUUAUGGAAGGAGUCUCCAUAAAGGAGGUGGUCUGUGGGGACUCAGACAAGGUGAAGCGCAACCUGGAAAAUUUAAUUACCAGGUGCCAGGGAGCGCUGAGCCGAAUCUCGAAAGGAAAGGAGGAGAGGGGGAAGAGACUCCCAGUCGUCACCAGCGUAGAGGAAGUUAAGGAUAAGGUGAGGCUGAGGGCGAGAGAGACGGCGGCGCGGAUCGUCCGAAACAGCAAGGAGACCAAGCCGAAGGAGGAAAAGAAGCCCUCCAAGGAGGAUAAGAGGGCCCCGGCUCUAGCCAAGCCAACCACCUCCUGGGCGGAGGUGGUGAGAAAGGGGAGGAAGAAGCAGGAAAGCAAGGAGCAAAAUCCGGUGGCGAAAUCCGGGAAGCCUGCGACUACGGCGACCAUCAACGGAGCCGAGAAGAAGGGGCAGAAGGAGCAGCCGAAGAGGAGGUCGCCCAAAACCGCUGCAGUGGCGAUCUCAUUCCCGGAAGGUCAGGCGGCUGAGGGAAUGAGAUUCCUAAGGUCCCAGAUCAAGCUGGAGGACCUGGGAAUAGACAAGGUCAAGAGCAGGAAAGCCUUGAACGGAGCUACCCUGCUCGAGAUAUCUGGAGGUGCCGAAGCUAAGGUCAAGGCAGACGCGCUUGCCACCACAAUAAAAACAGUUGGGGAGGGCAAGGGCGUUAAGGUCACCCGCCCCGAAAAAAGGGCGGAGAUCAGGCUUAAAGACCUAGACGAAUCCGUCUCGGAAGAAGAAAUUCGGGCCGCGGUGACGAAGGCUGGUGGUGGGCUCCCGGACGAUGUAAAGGUGGGCCCCAUCCGGCGGACCCCUGGCGGAAUGGGUACAUGCUGGAUACAGUGUGGACUCGAGGUGGCGAGGAGAACAGCUGAGGCGAGAAGGAUAAGGCUGGGCUGGGUGUCGUGCAGGGUGGAACUGCUCGACCCCCGCCCGUUAGUGUGCUUCAGGUGCCUGGAGAGGGGGCACAUUAGAGCGCAAUGCAGGAGCAGCACCGACAGGAGCAUGCUUUGCUACCGGUGCGGCAAAGAAGGGCAUAAGGCGCAGGGAUGUACCGAAACCCCUGACUGCGCAGUAUGCAAAGGGAGAGGACUGCCCUCCAACCACAAGGCUGGAGGGGCGGCGUGCCGACUCCCGAGCAAAAACGAGAGGAAGAGGGCAGCCAGAAAGAGUAGAGAGGAAGGCCGGGAAAAGGGGCAGACAGCAGGCCAGUCUAGGCAGCAAGAAGAGCCCAUGGAGACCGAGCCGGCGGCGCAAGGGACGCACCCGAAUGAGAGCAACAGCCAGGAGGAGGCUGGGAAGGCGUCGCCUUCACGGCGUUAG